AUGUCUCCCGAUAGAGGCGAUGGUGCCUGGUGGCACCGAGUACUGCAAGAACUGGCCAUUACAGUCCCUUUGAUGUUUGGGGGCUACUAUAUCAUCAAGUAUGUCCUCGCACAGAUGAACCUCGACCCCGAAGCGGAACAGAAGGAGCAGAAUCGCUUGCAGUCUGCCGCAAUACUACGACGACUAGACGAUCCCCAACAGAACCAGCUUGCAAAACAACUCGGUGCGGAUCGACCCCCGAGAGAAAGCCUGCGGCUGUCGCAAUAUGAAGAAGUCAUCCUACAAGAGCUUGUGUUUCCAGAGGAUAUCUCUGUGUCCUUUGACGACAUCGGGGGUCUAUCUGAUAUAAUAGAGGAUCUUCGAGAGUCGGUGAUAUACCCUUUGACCUUGCCGGAACUCUACUCUACGUCUUCUUCUCUCCUGGCGGCGCCUUCGGGUGUUCUCCUCUAUGGUCCUCCCGGUUGUGGAAAGACCAUGCUAGCCAAGGCUCUUGCCCAUGAAAGCGGUGCAUGCUUCAUCAAUCUGCAUAUUUCGACCGUUACCAACAAAUGGUUUGGCGAUUCGAAUAAACUGGUCAACGCAGUCUUCUCCCUAGCUCGCAAGCUGGAACCGGUGAUUGUCUUUAUCGACGAAAUCGAUGCAGUUCUGGGCACGCGACAUAGUGGCGAACAUGAAGCAAGUGGGAUGGUCAAGGCCGAGUUUAUGACGCAUUGGGAUGGGUUGGCUUCCGCGAACACUUCCGGUCGCCCCCAGCGAAUACUGAUCCUUGGUGCCACCAACCGCCUACAGGACAUUGACGAUGCUAUUCUCCGACGGAUGCCCAAGAAGUUCCCCAUCUCGCUGCCAAAUGCCUCUCAGCGCCUCAAGAUCCUAAAAAUUAUACUUCGAGACACCAAGCUUGACAAGGAAAAUCUUGACUUGGACUAUUUGUCAAGGGUGAUGGCUGGAAUGUCAGGAAGCGACAUCAAGGAGGCCUGCCGGGAAGCUGCGAUGGUGCCUGUUCGUGAGAUGAUUCAGCGGCAAAGGGAAAGGGGGCAGCGCAUGGAGACCAUGCAAGCAGGAGAUGUACGAGGUCUUCGUACGGCUGACUUCUUUUUACGAGCGCGUGCGACCAAGGCCGCUCAGGACGCAAAGAGAGACAAGGACGAAAGGGAAUGGAGCACCGAGUCGUCCUCCCCAGUCGUAGACGUGGAAGACGCAGUGGAGGAGUUGCACCAACCAGACUAA